AUGUACGCCAAAUACUCAUUAGAUUCAACCAUUAGACUUAAAGACUUCAUUAAAAUGACAGUCAAACAAAUCACAGCAGAAUCAGGAACUAUUUACCUUCCUCCAUUUAAUAAUAUUACCAAAGUGUGGACGUGGUGGACAACUUGUUCUAAAAUAAAUACAACAUAUUUAAGCUUCAAUGCUAGCCUCGUAAAUUCAUCGGCACCCGUGUCUUCGGAGUUAUUUUAUGAAUAUAAAGAUCAUACGAAUGCGACUUUGGAUAGCUAUACUCCUGGCAUAGGAAUAAUUAGAAUCAAUAACUAUAAUAAAACUGAUUUAUACUUAUAUUGUAACGGAGAUUCUACUUCCCAAUGUAGUUCAUUGUACUCAGAAAAUCCCAUACCAAAUACAUUAUGGUGUCUUGCUAUAGCUAAUUUUUGGAAUGAUUCGCUAAAAGUUCAUGUUGACAUUUCAUUUGCUCCUGAUGGGGGAAACUCCACAAAUUCAACUGAUGUCAAAUAUGAUUCUCCCAUAAGCAGAAGUUGCAGAACUUUUGAUAUGAAUGUUGGAUGUAUGCUAUUGGUUUUGGUAAUGAUACUUAAACUACUUUUUAUUUAA